AUGUCGGUGAACCGCUGUUUGCAUUUAUUUUCUCGGCUUCGUCGCCAUCUUAACACUCGAACUGUUCGUAUGGCCAGAAGUAGUUGUCAUGGGUCUUCUAGUUCUAGCUCCGUUUUUUUGCAUAGAGAACAGCCCCUGUGUGGCCCGGUCAGCAGCAGAAAUUCUUCAUCCUCCAGAACUCCGGACACGUCUCUUUUCAUCCCCGUCACGUUGAAGAAUGAGCCGUCUGCUGAAGGGAGUGUGGGAGCAGAGCUGACGCAGAAUCUGGAUAAAAGUGAACUUUUGAAGAUUGUCAACAGGUUUUACAAGAGGAAAGAAAUGCAAAAGCUGGCUGCGGAUAAUGGACUGGAUGCACGACUCUUCCACCAGGCUUUCAUCAACUUCAGGAAAUACAUCCUCGAGGUGGCGUCGCUACCCGCCGAUUUGCACAUCAUUCUCAGCGACAUUUGUUGUGGCGCAGGUCACAUCGAUGAUAUUUACCCAUACUUUAUGAGACACGCCAAGCAGGUCUUUCCCAUGCUUGAUUGUAUGGACGACCUGAGGAAGAUCUCCGACCUCAGAGUCCCUGCCAACUGGUACCCAGAGGCCCGUGCCAUUCAGAGAAAGGUCAUCUUCCAUGCCGGCCCCACCAACAGCGGCAAAACCUACCACGCCAUCCAGCGCUAUCUAGCUGCAAAGUCGGGAGUCUACUGCGGACCCCUCAAACUUCUCGCCCAUGAAAUUUUUGAGAAGAGCAACCAGGCUGGUGUGCCGUGUGAUUUAGUAACCGGCGAGGAGAGGACAUUUGUGAACACGGAUGGUCGAGUGUCCGGUCAUGUAGCCUGCACCAUUGAGAUGUGCAGCGUCACAACGCCAUAUGAAGUUGCUGUAAUUGAUGAAAUUCAAAUGAUCAGAGAUACUUCACGAGGCUGGGCCUGGACCAGAGCUCUGCUUGGUCUCUGCGCGGAAGAGAUUCACUUGUGUGGGGAAACUGCAGCCAUUAACUUUGUCAGGGAGUUGAUGUACACCACUGGAGAAGAGGUGGAGGUGCACACUUAUCAGCGUCUAACGCCCUUUUCUAUCCUGAAUAGCGCUGUGGAGUCGCUAGAUAACCUUAGAGCAGGGGACUGCAUUGUGUGCUUCAGCAAAAAUGACAUCUACUCCAUAAGCAGGCAGAUUGAAGCCAGAGGGCUGGAAUGUGCUGUCAUCUAUGGAAGUUUACCUCCAGGUACCAAACUCUCACAGGCCAAGAAGUUUAACGAUCCCGACGACCCCUGCAAAAUAUUGGUGGCGACAGACGCUAUUGGGAUGGGCUUGAAUUUGAGCAUAAAACGCAUCAUCUUCAACAGCUUGGUGAAGCCAAAUCUUAACGAGAAAGGGGAGAAGCAGAUGGACACCAUCAGCACUUCGCACGCUCUACAAAUCGCCGGGCGAGCCGGAAGGUUCUCUUCCAAGUUCAAAGAAGGACAGGUCACCACCAUGCACAGAGAUGAUCUUCCAGUCCUAAAGGAGAUUCUCAGUCACACUGUGGAGCCCAUUGAGACUGCUGGUCUUCAUCCCACCGCAGAGCAGAUUGAAAUGUUUGCUUAUCAUCUGCCUGAUGCGACUCUCUCUAACCUCGUUGACAUUUUUGUCAGCCUCUCCCAGGUGGACGGUCUCUAUUUCGUCUGCAACAUCGACGACUUCAAAUUCCUGGCUGACAUGAUUCAGCACAUCCCACUCAACCUGAGGUCACGCUACGUUUUCUGCACAGCUCCCAUCAACAAAAAGCAGCCUUUUGUGUGCACAUCUUUCUUAAAGUUCACCCGUCAGUUUAGCCGAGACGAGCCCUUGACUUUCGACUGGAUCUGUCGCCAUGUCAACUGGCCUCUGGCCCCGCCCAAAAACAUAAAAGACCUGGUUCAUCUGGAGGCCGUUCACGACGUGUUGGAUCUUUACCUAUGGUUAAGUUACCGUUUCAUGGACAUGUUUCCCGACACCGCCCUCGUCCGGGAAAUUCAACGAGAACUAGACGCCACCAUCCAGGAGGGCGUCCGUAACAUCACGCGUCUAAUUCGAGCUACAGACCUGGCCAUCACUAGCCCGCUCCAGACGCCGAAAAGCCACGUCGGCCGUUCGUCGGGUGUCGCUUCCACACGCUUUCUGCAGACCGCGGACAGCUCUUUAGCAGACCGCCUGGUGCGAGACGGACUCUUGACGUCAGAGAUGCUGCAGCAGCUGCAGAGGGAGUGGUCCAAAGGACAGGAGGAGUCCACAAAUCGUUUUGAGUUGAAUGUUAACACCAACAAAGACAAGAGAAAAAAGAGGAAAUGA